ACGACCUGUAGCUGAGCGUAAUGCAAGCCUCAGCAUGCACAAUUUCUCAAGAAGUCUAAGAGUGCCGCAGGCUUUGGGCCUAAACGUUGAACAAGCAAAAGAUGCUGCAAGAAUUUCAAGUCGGAUCUCAAAUGCCAUGUCAAAGGCCCUUCUGCCAUACAUGUUUGCUGUGGGUCGAUGGCCUUUAAAAUCAUUGGAGAACGUGAGGCAUCCUUAUGGAGAAAUGUGUCUGGCCAAGGCUCGAAAAAUUUUACGGGAUGGUGCCAGCCUCCCGCUUCUCUUUCCAACGGAUGAUAUUGGGUUUCGGUACCGGCCUGAGUUUCCCAGAGCACAAAAUGCUGAAGAGUCGAUACAUCAUGGACUGGGUCUCGACCAUCUGCAAGUAGGAGGGCGUUUGCCACAUAUUUGGCUUCAAUGUCUUCAUCCCGACACGGGAGAGUCUUUAGGAAAUAUAUCAUCGACAGAUCUAGCCGAUCAAUUACAAGCUGCCUUUCUUUCUAGUGGCAUUUUUGAUUUCACGAGAUCUAGACCCUUUGCCAUACUGCUUUCGUCUUCCGCAGAAGAAAAGAUAACUCUCUCAGCAUCUCAGACCGUUUUGAAGGGAUGGAAUAUGCCUUUGAUAGGUGUGAAAAUUAUUAUGCGUCCUGAAGUCUCAUCGCAUAGCAGCACAACAACCUUUGGAGAAUUCGGACAAGAGGAUCAACAGGCACUCUUUCGACAUUUGAUCAAAAAAGGGGGCUGCCUCACAUUGAAUGAUAUUGAAGGGAACUGGGAACAGCGUAUCCACUCGCAAGCCAGCUCUAUCUUAGUAAGACCAGAUGGGCAUAUUCAGGCCCUGUUGCCAAGCGAUAAAGAUCUCGACAUUGAUUUUUGAUAGU